AAAUGACAAACUUAUCAUAGCUACGUGGCUAUGAACACUUUAAAAUAAAAUAAAUAUAAAUAUGUUUUAAAAACCCCAAAACCCGAGAAGGGGAGCAUCCAACCGUAACAAAGUUGGGUUUUUUUUUUUUUUUUUUUUUUUUUUUUUUGAAGCAGUAGCCCUUUGUGUACGGUAAUCGUGACUUGGCAAAAACUACAUUACGGUCAUUGCCCUCCUGACGACAAGUAGAAGGGUACUCACUUACUGUAAUUUUAAGAAUAUAUUUCGUUGGUUUCAUUUUUGUUUAAUACUCAAAACUGAAUAUACGAUGUACAGGUCUGAAAAGGAUCCGAUUAUUUUCAGUCCAGAUGAGAAUAUCGACACACGUUUAAAACGAAAGCGAAGAUGUCGACUUUACCUUUCUAUUGCUCUGAUGGUCUUGCUUCUCGUCUGCUUCGUAGUCUUGAUGUUCUGUCUGUUCCAAGAGGUGGACGAUGACGACGAUGAUUCAUUGUCAAAGUGGGGGAAAUACUGUCACGCUGCCGUGGCCUCUGAUGUGCCGCAGUGUUCAGAUAUCGGGAAAUCAAUUUUGCAAAAGAACGGAAAUGCUGUGGACUCUGCCAUUGCAACCCUGCUGUGUAUGGGAUUGGCGGAUGCUCAUCACAUGGGGAUAGGCGGAGGAUUUUUCAUGACCAUCUAUAACAGGACAACAGGGAAGUCUGUGAUAAUUGAUGCGAGAGAAACGGCUCCUUUGGCUGCAGACAAGAAUAUGUUCCAGAACGUGUCAUCUGAUAUAGGUGGGUUGUCUAUUGCAGUUCCAGGGGAGAUAAAAGGUUACUGGGCAGCACACCAGGAGUUUGGUUCUCUCCCUUGGAGAGACUUGUUCCUUCCUGCAAUUUCCAUGGUCCAGAAGGGUUUCAAGGUCCCUAACAAAUUAGCCGUAGCGCUGGAUGAAUCUCGAGACUGGAUUAUGAAGGACAAGAGUAUGAGAGAAGCCUAUGUUAACAAGAAGACGGGCGAUGUUUAUAAAGAAGGGGAGAUAAGAAGGGAUCCAAAACUGGCAAAAACUCUUCAGAUAAUAGCAGACGAAGGAAUGCAGGCUUUUUACAAUGGUUCACUGACUGAUGACAUAUUGUCAGAUAUAAACGAGAGAGAUUCCAUUAUCACAAAAGCAGACCUGUUGCAGUAUGUAGCUGAGAGAAAGGAUCCACUCACCUCCACGCUUCACGACAACCUGACGAUAUUUACUCCUCCACUUCCAUCCAGCGGGGCACUGCUUAUAUUUAUGCUUAAUGUCCUAGACGGGUAUCGGUUCACUCACGAGAGUGUCAAACACACUAGAAAUGCUAUAUUAACGUACCACAGGAUCGUGGAAACCUUCAAGUUCGCAUAUGCAUUACGGAUGGACCUGGGGGAUGAACCAUUGCCUAAGUUGAUAGCCAAUCUAACUUCUCAUAAAUUUGCGGACGAGAUCCGAUCUAAGAUCUGGGAUAAUCAGACGCACAACCUUGCAUACUAUGGGAAGACUUCCUACAGCGAGAUCAAAACUAGCACCGCCCACCUGUCAAUCAUCGACCAAGGUGGAAACGCAGUCUCGGUCACGUCAACUAUCAAUCUUUGGUUUGGUUCUCGAGUGCGCGGAAUUCGAACGGGGAUCCUGUUUAACGAUGAGAUGGAUGACUUUUCGUCUCCAAACAAAACCAACUCCUUCGGAAUUCCCCCAUCUCCAGCCAACUUCAUCAAACCCGGCAAGCGCCCUCUGUCGUCCAUGUGUCCGUCAGUCUUUGUCGACAAGCACGGUGAUGUCAAAUUAGUGGUCGGGGCGGCCGGUGGGUCGCACAUCACCACAGCAACGGCACUAGUGUCAUCGGAUGUGUUGUGGUUUGGUAAGAAUAUAGAGCACGCCAUCGACAUGAAGCGCAUUCAUCAUCAGCUGCUACCUCCGUACAUCGAAUACGAGUCUGGGUUCAAUCAGAAAGUGAUUGAAGGUCUAGUAGAAAAGGGUCACAACGUGACAAGUAAAGUGUCAGUGUCGUCAGUUGUACAGGGAGUAGUACGGAAAGGGAAAUAUCUCUACGCUUGUAGCGAUUACAGAAAUGCUGGAGCACCAGCCGGAUUUUAAAUAACUCUUGUCUUUGCAUAUCUAAACAAAAUAUUGUGUGUUUUUGGGAUCCCGACUUACCUAGAAAAUAGCUGACCCUAAUGUUUCUUUCCAAUGUAUUUUUUAUUAUUAUAUUACAUGUAUUUUUUCUUUUAAUUUUAUUAAUGUGUAGGUUAUCAAAAUGUGUAAGAAUGAAGGUGAUAAUUUUAAAAAUAAAAAUAAAGUUUUUUAAAGAUGUCCUAUCUAAAAAAUUUGGGCAUGUUCCAGGAAACGAAGAAUUUGGGGUUUUUUUUAGGCCUAAGGAUAAACUGCUAAUAAACAUGUUGUGUGUUCCCAGAGAACAAAUAAAUCUGAAAUAAAAUGUACCAUACAGAAAUCCCAAAUUGAGAAAACUUAAAUUAUUAAACAUAUAAUAAAAAGUAACAUUAAAAAAAUGUAAUAAGAUGUAAUGUAAAAAUCACGUAAUGAAAUGUAAUUUAAAAACAAUUAGCAAAUUUUCUUCUAAUUUUUUUUUUAUCACUUUCUUUAGCUGAAUAAAUAGAAUAUCAAAUAUAAAAAUCAGGAGAGUGAAUCAAUAAGUUACAGUAAUUUCCAGCUGUUGCUAAUUUAUUUGCGAUAUCAAGAAUAUUAUCAUUGAAUAUUUAUAUUGUUAUUGUUUGUAUUAAUGGUGAAUUAUUAUAUAGCUUUAUGUGCCAUAUUUUACCCUUUUUUGUGUAAUAAAUAAGUACAGAUAUCCUACACAUAAUCUUGUAAUUAUGAUAUUGUGGCGUCUGACAUAAAGUUAUGGACCACACAGAUAAUGAGAGAGGAAACCCUCUGCCUCCAUACAGUGGGCUACUCUUAUGAGGUAACCAUAUGGAGUCUUUAGAUUUGCGGCUGUCCCAUAUGUCAGAUGCCAUAAUAUCAUAAUUACAAUUACUGAUUUUAUACAUAAUUUUAAUGCUGUGCAAUGUAUAUUGUUUUCCAUUAUGGAAUUCAACUUUAAAGAAUGGGAUGGGUUUUUUUAUGUUUUUAUUUUUUUAUCAGUUGAUUUAUAUGUAAUAGGGCAAAACAUUUAAUGUGUUGGGCCUCAGUUGGACCUCCUCUCCCCCCCCCCCUCAAUUCUUAUGGGCCAAAAAUAUGUACAUUUCACAACAUAUUCAGACCAUUAUUUAUGCUAUAUAAUGUAGUGUUUUGUAAUGAAAUCCGGUGGGAAAAACAUUUAAUGUCUUGUUAUAUGCUGAUGAAAAGAAAAGAGCAACUACAACUAAAAUGCUCGUCUACUGUUUUCAUACAUAUAUACAGGGAUGUGAGAGCUACGCGGAAACGUUUAAAUGCGCUUUUCAUUUCAUCUUAAGAAAACAAAAAAACAUGAUGUUCAAUACUGUUGACCACACAAGGUUCAUUUGCAUGUUUUCACAGUUUCAAGUUUAUGAUGCGUGCCUUAUAUUAUACGUUAUAACCAGUUUAGAUUUGUUAGCAUUGAAUGCAAUUUUUGGCACUUCCAGGGGUUGCAGACAACAAUUUUCCUUCAGGGGCCCUUGAGUGGCCCCUGGACCCUGCCGCAUGCAGUAAGCUUUUGUGUUCCAGCCCUUCUCACAUCCCUGUAUAUACCCCUUUCUAUUUACAAACCCAUUUUAAAAAAAAAACUCCCCCCCCAAAAAAAACACACACAAAAAACCCACAAAAAAACACAACAAUUUAAUGGAAUUAGCCCACUGGACAUGAUACAAUGGCUAGUGAUAUUCAAUGUUGGGCUAGUAAAUAACUACUAUUGCCGUGUCUGAUGGCUAGUGAAAAACAAAAUUGUUAAAUGCUGCAUUUAAGUCUUAUUUUGUAAAUAUAAAUAUCCUGU